AUGUUCUUUUCUGCUCCUCUCACCUCAUCGACGUUUCCUGAAACCUCUUCAGCAUCAACGGUGAUGAGCCGAACAAUCCCCGACGGAGUCACUUUUGACUCAAUCACAUCCGUUUCUUCUCACGAAUCUCAAAUGGUUAUUUUGGGUCUUCUCUUUAUCGUGAUCGCUCUUUUAUGCGUAUUUGUUUUCUGCUUUGAUAUGAUUGUUUGUCAACGGUGUCGACAAAUGAAAAAGCAAAGCGAUGCACAAAAGAGCUCAUCCGAUUCCUCCUUGAGCCAUGAGCCAAAAAUCGAAGCCGUUUUCCAUACAAAUCCGAUGUUUAUUGUU